AUGGAGAAUCUCAGACAGCGAACACAGCGAGUGACCGAGAACGUCAAAUCCAAGCGAUCCAAGGAGGGCUGGGUAUUGCCCAAGACUGCGGUCACCUUUGCCGAUGAGAACACAUGGAGCAACAUUGACAGCGAUGUCACCCCUCUCGAGCGAAGGACGUGGACUUCUUGGACAAUCUUGGGCUUUUGGCUGAGUGAUGCCCUGUCUGCUCAGUCCUGGGCCGGAGCAAGCGCUGUCAUUGCUGUUGGUCUCACAUGGAGAGAGGCAGUGUACUGUCUCGUGCUGGGGACUUUCACCGUUACCAUCCCGCUCGUCCUCAACGGUGCCGCUGGUGCUGAGUUACACGUCCCAUUCCCAGUCGUCGCAAGAUCCAGCUUCGGCUUCUACUUUUCGCGCUUCGCCGUCAUCAUUCGUAUGGUCACUGCGUUGUUCUGGCAUGCGAUCCAAACCUACUCUGGUUCGACAGCCAUGACCCAGGUCAUUCGGGCUAUCUGGCCAUCCUAUCUCGAGAUACCUAAUCACCUACCUGCCUCAGCUGGAAUCACAACGCAGCAGAUGAUCUCACACUUCAUCUUCUGGUCGGUCCAAUUCCCGAUCUUGCUGAUUUCGCCGCACAAGUUGAAGUGGUUCUUCGUCUUCAAAGCUGUGAUUGUGCUGCUUGCCGCAUUCGGUACUGUUAUAGGAAUGACACAGCUUGCUGGAAGUGCUGGUGAUAUCUGGAGUCAACAACCUACCGUCCAUGGUGCCACAAAAGCUUGGCUCAUUGUCUCAUCGAUGAGCUCUAUGACUGGAGGAUGGGCUACUAUGGCGACCAACGUUGCCGACUUCACAAGAUACCUGAAGCAGUCCCGAGGAGUGUACUGGCAAGUGUUGUUUGUGCCAAUCAUCAUGACACUACUUGGAGUCUUCGGCAUAAUUGGAACAAGUGCGGCAAAAGUCGUGUAUGGCGAGUACAUCUGGGAUCCGCUGGCUCUUGCGUCCAUGUGGGACGGUCCCGGCGGUCGUGCUGCAGCUUUCUUCGUCGGCGUGAGCUGGUGUAUUGCUCAGAUCGGAACGAAUCUGUCAGCGAACGUUAUUUCUUGCUCCAACGACAUGGUGAGCUUGUUUCCGAAGUACCUCAACAUCCGAAGAGGCGUCAUAAUCACCACUGUCACCGCUGGCUGGAUAAUAGUCCCAUGGAAGAUCAUCUCGUCUGCAGCCUCGCUGUUGAAUUUCAUGGCCUCGCUGGGCUGUUUCCUGGCGCCACUUGCAGCAAUCCUUGGUGCUGAUUACUGGUUCGUCAACAAAAAGGCAAUUGACGUGCCAGCGUUGUACCGUCGCUACGGACGUUACCGAUAUGGGAACAAGGCCGGUACAAAUUGGCGCGCGGUCAUUGCGUUGCUGGUCGGUGUUGUACCAAACCUUCCAGGUCUUGUUCACGCAGUCAACCCAUCGAUCGAAAUUGGAGGUGCCAGCCACAUCUAUGCGAUGUUCUACCUCUAUGGCUUUAUUUCGACAUUCGUGGUAUAUAUUGCCUUGUCGAAGCUGUUCCCGAGCGAGAGCACGCUCCUCCCAGCGCCCAUCUUUGAGGACAUUGUCAUUGUCGAUGGCGUCGAGAAAAUCAACGACGGAGUUACCUCAGUCGCGCCAGUGGAUAAGUUGGGUGUAAGCGUCGACGUUCGUGGCGCAGAGUCGGAGGAGAAAAGGGCUUUCUCAGUUGUGUGA